AGCAGAGGGUCUUUGCUGAUUUACUACACUAGUUCAUUGUAAUUUGUUGGUAAUUUCUUUUUACUGAAGAAUAUGAAAGAAUUUUUUCUUCUUGUGAUAUUAGCUGGAGCAGCCAGUGCAUUAUCCGUUAUUUCUGAGACAAAAUGUGAUCCCAGGCAAUUUGUCUCAUGUAAUCCUGCUCCUGGAGAAACUGUGUACAUUAAGCUGAUGGACAAUGCUACUGGUUAUGUGCUGGUGUUUUCCAAGGAUCUCACUGGUGGAAAAUUAAACGUGUUUAUCGUGAAGAAUGGAACAGUGAAAAUACGCGAGUCCUACAAAAACAGAACAGAGUUUUCCAUAGACACUGGGACACUCAAGAUCACUGAUGUGGAGAAGGAGGACGCAGGUCAAUACACUUUUUCUAUCUACACUCCACGUGGAAUUCUUGUGGAAAUGCUCAGUUUCACCCUGAAUGUUAAAGGAAAGAAUGGCAUUUCUAUCAAGAUCCCUAUCCCUAUAGUGGUGGGUGUUCUCAUUUUGAUUUUAGUUGCCUGUGUGGUGUGGAAACUGAAGCCCUGCAAAAAGAGAGGUUAUCAGACAUUACACUGAAAGUUCGGACCAACACCUUUGGACAUUCAUCAUCUGGUCAUUAUUCAAAUCCUCCACAUUUUUUCUUUUUUUCCAAAGAACACCAAGAUCAGCAUUUAAUUUGACCCUUGCCCAUUGUUAAAGGCAGUGUCUAAGUUUAGAUUAAAGUUAAACUUGGAUCUCUGGAACUGCUUUUUGGUGUUGUCUUGCUUAUUUAGCUUAAUCAAGCUUUUUAAGAUCAGUGAUGGAAAUAUUGUUUUGUAAAUCAUUAUGAAUAUACUCCUCUUUCUGAAACAACAUACAUUUUUAACUAUGCUAAUAUCUUGUUUAUUUUCCAGCAAUUCUUGCUCGAUAAUUUUUUUGUCAGAUUUUAUAUUACACAGUGUCAGGGUUCAGUUUUUGCUUGCCUCACCCAGGACAGUUCCAGCAUCUUCCACCUCCCAUGCAGCCCAGGUUUUCCACUCACCUGAUCACUUCCACCUGCCGUCAUUAAUUAGGGAAACGCUGUUCACCUGCAAGCCCAACUAUAUAAGCUCACCUUAGUCUGCUCUUUCCUGCUGGUUCGUCUCUCUUCUCUCAACUUUCCUCGAAGUGCUUAGGAUCCCACUCCAAGCUCUGCUCAGGUCCCAUCCAGAAGCUCUCCUUGCAGCCUUGGGUUCCGUCCCUGGGCUCACCCACAGUCCUGCUCCACCCCGGUAAAGACUCUCUGGCUCUCAUCCUCCAUAAUCCAUCAACCUUCAAUAAAACUCUUGA